UUAAAACCUUAAUCAAUUUCGCCGUUCACUUUGUAAAGCUUCACCCUCUUCAUCUCCUAACCUUCACUCUCUAUAAUGGCGCUUCCAAGCACAGUCUCAUCUCCUUCCUUCAAAUCAACACCACCUUAUCUCUCCUCCUUCACACAUAAACCUCUACAUCUCCCAGCUACUUACCGAAGCAUAAACAAUCGAAGCUGUAAUAAGCUCAGCAGCUCCUUCAGAUGCUCAUCCUCUUCCUUCUCCGAGAAGCACCACAACGCGAACCCACCCAAAUCAGAUGACCUCGUCGAGCUCCCUCUCUUCCCACUCCCCCUCGUUCUCUUCCCUGGAGCAACAAUCCCUCUCCAGAUCUUCGAGUUCCGUUACCGAGUCAUGAUGCAAACGCUUCUCCAAUCCGAUCUCAGAUUCGGCGUCGUUUACUCCGACGCCGUAUCAGGCUCCGCAGCCGGAAUCGGAUGCGUCGGAGAGAUCGUGAAACACGAGCGUCUCGUCGACGAUCGAUUCUUCCUAAUCUGCAAAGGCCAGGAACGGUUCCGCGUCACGGAUCUCGUCCGUACGAAACCUUACCUCGUCGCGAAAGUGACGUGGCUUGAAGAUCGACCGUCCGGUGAGGAGAAUCUUGACGAGUUGGCGAACGAGGUUGAGGUUCUGAUGAAGGAAGUGAUUCGGUUGUCGAAUAGAUUGAAUGGGAAACCAGAUAAGGAAUCUCAGGACCUGAGGAAGAAUCAGUUCCCGACUCCGUUCUCAUUCUUCGUUGGAAGCACGUUUGAAGGAGCUCCGAUGGAGCAGCAAGCGUUGCUUGAGCUUGAGGAUACGGCGGCUAGGGUAAAGAGAGAGAGGGAGACGCUUAGGAAUACACUCAAUUACUUGACCGCUGCUUCUGCUGUCAAAGAUGUCUUCCCAUCGCAGCCAUAGUUGGUGGUACCUAGAAAAUUUCUGGUCUCUCUUUCUUUAAUGUUUUUUAAGUUAUUGGAUUUGCAUUAUAUUUGAUCAAUGUGUAAAGUUUCAGAAACUUAGGUACUAGAUAUGGUGGACAUGUUUCAUAGGAUCGUGAUAAAAGAGUAGUUCUAGUGAUGCAAGUAAGUAUGGUUCUUAAUAUCAAAUCCUUGCUUCUUGAGUUGGUACUUUUAUUGAAAUCUUAUAUUAAUCCGAAGUUUGCUUAAUCAGA